AUGAAAAACAGCCAGACGGACGAGCGUUUGAAAAGUGGGAAAUGGGUGAGCGGUCUACGAGAUAUAGCCAAUGGUGAUGAUCAUAAGAUUGUUCUGUUUGCUGAAACAUGCGCUCAUUGGCUAAUAACAGCUUUGGCAGAAUUUCCUACAUUGUCAUACCCAUUGUCGCUGUGUACAUACCUGAGGAGGCGAUUGCACAUGCUAUAG